AUGGAGCCAUCUGGGGCUGUAUCAAAGGCAGCACCAGCCUUUGCAAAGGUCAUUCCAGCCCAUGGUCCUCUAGCACCUGGCGGAGGGCUGCUGUUCCCUCUGAAUGAUGCAAUGGUGAAAGCUGCCAUGCCUUUAGCUCCAUCCGCUCCUCCAGCACCUGCAUUCUUCGGCCCCUUGGGCGGGAGCUUGAGCAAAUUACCUGGUGGAGGUUCCUUUGCACCAAUGCCAGAUAUGGCACCGCCAGGGCCACCUGGCCUGCCAUUCGGAAUUGACGGUGUAGAUCCACCUGGGCCGCCUCCAGGAUUGCCACCAGGCUUUCCUCCACUUGGGAUGCCCUUUAUGGAAGCUAUGCCACCGCCUGGCUUUCCACCAGGAAUGGGCCCGCCUGCCACAUCAGAGCAUUUGCCUGAAGGUGCACCAAAGGACGCCUCAUUUGGGCCAGACGUGGUGCCAAAGGCUCCACCAGGUUCACCUCCGCGAGAGGAAAAGCCUGAGAUCAAGAAGAGAAAGAAAGGCGUUGAAGGAUUGGCUUCCAACAAGGCCAUCAAGAACGGUGGUGCGGUCACGAUCUAUUCAGGCUAUGACGCACUUACUGUAGAGCCCAAGGUCGCUGAGACUUCUGAAAAGCCUCCCGCAUCAGCUCAGACACAGAUCACUGGGCAGAGUGUGAUACAGGGCCUGCAACGACAACUUCCAGCGGGUUGGGAGAUGCGAAAGUCCAGGAGCACCGGCAAGGUCUACUACGUCAAUGAGAAGCUGGGCAAAUCCCAAUUUGAACCACCAGCGGGCUCAACAGUCGACAAACAGGUUGACAAGAAGAAGAAAGCCUCAACAAAAAGUAAGGACGUGCCAGACGCCCAAUUUACGGACAGGGGCGGCAUGCUCGGCCUCAUGAGGGCCAACGAGCAGAAGAAGGGGAGGUGGGCAAAGUGGCAGAAGUGCAAUGAAAUCCUCAACGA